GAGUACACAGUGUCUCUGAACGUAACUCUGUCUCCCCUAGGUGCUGUUGUUCCAUGACCAGACCUACGGGAUACAUUAUGAGUACACAGUGUCUCUGAACGUAACUCCGUCUCCCCUAGGUGCUGUUGUUCCAUGACCAGACCUACGGGAUACACUAUAAGUACACAGUGUCUCUGAACGUAACUCCGUCUCCCCUAGGUGCUGUUGUUCCAUGACCAGACCUACGGGAUACACUAUGAGUACACAGUGUCUCUGAACGUAACUGAACGUGAUGAUGUCAGUGAGGAGCAGAGAGCACCAGAGCACCUCUACCUUUGGACACACAGCUCCUGGCAAGACUGCAAUGUACAGUGUGGAGGAGGAGAGAGGAGGACAGUGGUGUCCUGUAUGAGGCUGGUCAAUAAGAGCAUGACUCUGGUGAAUGACAGCCUCUGCCAACCAGAGAACAGGCCAUUACCCCAAGUACGACGCUGCAACUCACACCCCUGUCAGUACAGGUGGGUGACAGGGGAGUGGGGCCAGUGCUCGGUGACGUGUGGGAAGGGUCUCCAGCUGCGUGAGGUGGGCUGUGUGUACCAGCUGCAGAACGGAUCCCUUAUCCACACACGGGACUUGUACUGCCAAGGGGGCAAACCCCCCGCCCUGCAGGGCUGCGAGGGACGCCACUGCCUCACUGCCUGGGAGGCCUCUGAGUGGUCCAAGUGUUCUUCAGACUGUGGAAGUGGGGUCCGUCGGAGGAUAGUGAGGUGCACCAACCCCCAGGGGAGCUGUGACCCCCUCUCUCAGCCUGCUGACCAGGAGCCCUGUGAGGACCACUCCAAAUGUUACGAGUGGAAGACUGGGGACUGGUCCAAGUGCUCGUCAUCCUGUGGAAAGGGCCUGCAGUCCAGAGUGGUCCAAUGUAUGCACAGAGUGACAGGUCGCCACGGUAAUGACUGCCCCGUGGUGUUCAGACCACCCACCUACCGGCCCUGUCACCAGGAGGCCUGCAAUGACAAAGUCAACGUCAACACCAUCACCUCCCCCAGAUUAGCUGCUCUGACCUACAAGUGCACAGGAGACCAGUGGACUGUGUACUGCCGUGUGAUCCGAGAGAAGAACCUGUGCCAGGACAUGAGGUGGUACCAGCGCUGCUGUGACACCUGCAGAGACUUCUACGCCAACAAAACACCCCACAAGAGUUAAUGAUGAAAGCACUCACACACAUACUGUACACAGACAGACACACACUUCACCUAGCGCUACGAUUUUAGAUGCUUCUGUAACACUUGACUUUAAGCUUGCGGGUAUAAUGCUUGUUAAGUCGUUAUAAGCAUGAAUGAGCCUUUAUAAUGUGUUAUAAUAAGGCUUAUGAUAUGAUAUGUCGCACUAUGUAUCAGCAUGUUAACCGACUCAAAAUGGCUGUUAUUUAGUCUGCUUCAGGAGAUGGUACAAAUAUAUUGUAAGGGUCUCGUGGCAGGUCUUUAUGCCGGCAGGCUUUAAGUAAAGAGUUACAGAUGUUUUUACUGAAUUAUUCAUAUUCUUAUUAUUAAUUAUAGGACAUUCAAUUUUGGAGAAGAAAGUGGAAAUGAGUGCAGAGACCAUUUCAAGUGGGAUCAUAAGCUUGCUGUUGUCAUGAAGACUUGAAAACCUUCUUCAACUUGUUUUAUUGCUGUAAACCAAAGCGAGGGACUUCGAAGUCUGGGGAGUCUCUCGGUGGGUAGCCUGUCGCGUCAACGUUUGUUGUACAGUGUGAUUUAACAUUAGCGUUAACAUAUGUGAUAAGACUUUAUGUGGAAAGUUCAUUGUUGUCAGAUUGUCUAUAGAUGCUCAGUGAACGAUCAGAACAUGUCUGAUUUUCAAAUGCACGAAUCUAAGAAUACAGCUAGGGAAGAAUACAGCUAGGGAAGAAUACAGCUGUUGUUCUGCCCCUGAUCAAGGCCCACUGUUCCCCGGGGCCUGAAGAAGUGGAUGUCGAUUAAGGCAGCCCCUCUCACCUCUCUGAUUCAGAGGGGUUGUGUAAAAUGCGGAAGACACAUUUCAAUUGAAUACAUUCAGUUGGACAACUGACUAGGUAUCCCCCUUUCCCUUACUUACAUAGAUAGAAUGUACGUACAUCACAGGAGGCUGGUGAGGGGAGGACUGCUCAUAAUAAUGUCUGGAAUGGAGUGAAUGGAAUGGUAUCAGAUGUUUGAUGUGUUUGAAACCAUUCCAUUUAUUCUGUUCCAUCCGUUACUAUGAGCCCAUCCUUCCCAAUUAAGGUGCCACCAGCCGCCUGUGACAUACAUACAGUACUUACACACACGUACAUUGAAAGACCUGUAAGUACUUUGUUAUUGCAUGUUAACAGAGGUGCAGUUGACAUGUAAUACAUCCACAUGGUAGUUUGGACGUAGUCUGAGCAUGGAGAUCUGUAGGCGACUAUCCAGAUAAAGUGGGACUGCAUAUUCUCAUGUGUUUAGCUCAGCUGACCCUGUAUUCACCAAGCCACUGGCUGGCCACUCACUAGACUGGGCCAAGAGGCCUGGGUCGUGUUCAUUAGGCACCAGAUGGACUGAAACAGGUAGGGACUACUUGAACUUGUUCAAUAAGAAACGCUCAUUUUCUUUUUUCCGUUGCAACGUUUGAAAACGUUUUUCCGUUGUGUGCUGUAAUGAACAUGACCCUGGUUUCUUCUCUUAGGGACAAACCGUAACUUGAUGUCUUGAGAUAACGUGAAUUCCGCAUUGACGUCAACCCAGAAGCUAAGUCUUGGUUACACGUUUGGAUCUCAAGUUAGGAUUUGUCCCUUAGUUCCACGAUAGACUAUGUGUACUUGCAUUUUGUUGUUGUUUGUUGAUGUCAUUGUCAUUUUUUGGCGGUUGUUGUUAUUUAAAACUAGCCAGGAGCCGUUGUAAGGUACUGUAGUUCUACAUUGAAAUGAUCAAGCUAACGAUAGGAGACCCACUAUUCCCCAGGCUCACCUGAAGCCCUUGGACAGCCCAUGUAGCAUCCGUCUCUCUCCUGAGGAUCCAAUGUUGGAGACAGUGCAGUGGUGGGGGUGUAACUUAAGAGAAAAUUAGAUGUAUCUUAAGUUACUGUCGUCCUACAGUUAACCACAUCCAGUGUAUUAAGUACUGUAUAUGUGAGUGGAAUCCACAACCCAGUGUCUUUAACACCUUACUCCAACUACGCUCCAUGAACCAACUGAGCUAUCUGGGUGAAGCAGGUUGCAGCUAUAUUGUUAGGUUCAUUGUAAAACACAAAUCCCUGUGUCAUGUGUAUGUCUGUUGUCCUCCCUUGGUGCUUGAGGUGUGCGUCAUCAUGACGAUGUACCAAACGUGACGUAAACUAGUCUCUGGUUUCAAACUUUACACUAACUCCAAACCUGGUGCUUGUUAACAUUUCCAUACAUCAUCAAACUUGAAAUUGGUUUGUACUGUUAAUCAAUAAUUCAAACACAAUGUGAGGCUUACACUGAUUUCAACAGCUUGCCCUUGUGCAUGAGUGUGGCAAACGUAGACGUCACAAACAUCAACAUGUAAACAUUAAUGGAGGCAGCGUUAUGUUUGCUACAAAAUGAUGGUGCAGUAGAUAACUGACUGUAAAUAAUCUACAGUUAGUUAUCAGACAUUCUUUAUCCAUAAAUGACCAAGUGUCUCCAGUUGUGUUCACGUUUUACAGAUUCUGAUUUAAAGGGGUAAUCUGCAGUUGUGUUCACGUUUUACAGAUUCUGAUUUAAAGGGGUAAUCUGCAGUUGUGUUCACGUUUUACAGAUUCUGAUUUAAAGGGGUAAUCUGCAGUUGUGUUCACGUUUUACAGAUUCUGAUUUAAAGGGGUAAUCUGCAGUUGUGUUUACGUUUUACAGAUUCUGAUUUAAAGGGGUAAUCUGCAGUUGUGUUCACGUUUUACAGAUUCUGAUUUAAAGGGGUAAUCUGCAGUUGUGUUCACGUUUUACAGAUUCUGAUUUAAAGGGGUAAUCUGCAGUUGUGUUCACGUUUUACAGAUUCUGACUUAAAGGGGUAAUCUGCAGUUGUGUUCACGUUUUACAGAUUCUGAUUUAAAGGGGUAAUCUGCAGUUGUGUUUACGUUUUACAGAUUCUGAUUUAAAGGGGUAAUCUGCAGUUGUGUUCACGUUUUACAGAUUCUGAUUUAAAGGGGUAAUCUGUAGUUGUGUUCACGUUUUACAGAUUCUGAUUUAAAGGGGUAAUCUGUAGUUGUGUUCACGUUUUACAGAUUCUGAUUUAAAGGGGUAAUCUGCAGUUGUGUUCACGUUUUACAGAUUCUGAUUUAAAGGGGUAAUCUGCAGUUGUGUUCACGUUUUACAGAUUCUGACUUAAAGGGGUAAUCUGCAGUUGUGUUCACGUUUUACAGAUUCUGAUUUAAAGGGGUAAUCUGUAGUUGUGUUCACGUUUUACAGAUUCUGACAUAAAGGGGUAAUCUGUAGUUGUGUUCACGUUUUACAGAUUCUGACAUAAAGGGGUAAUCUGCAGUUGUGUUCACGUUUUACAGAUUCUGAUUUAAAGGGGUAAUCUGCAGUUGUGUUCACGUUUUACAGAUUCUGAUUUAAAGGGGUAAUCUGCAGUUGUGUUCACGUUUUACAGAUUCUGAUUUAAGGCAGCCCCCAGGUAGAGACCCUGUCCCCCGUCCACCAGGUAGAGAUCCUGACCCCCAGGUAGAGACCCUGAUCCCCAGGUAGAGACCCUGUCCCCCAGGCAGCCCCCAGGUAGAGACCCUGGCUCCCAGGUAGAGACCCUGUCCCCCAGGUAGAGACCCUGUCCCCCAGGUAGAGACCCUGAUCCCCAGGUAGAGACCCUGUCCCCCAGGUAGAGACCCUGAUCCCCAGGUAGAGACCCUGUCCCCCAGGCAGCCCCCAGGUAGAGACCCUGUCCCCCAGGUAGAGACCCUGUCCCCCAGGCAGCUCCCAGGUAGAGACCCUGAUCCCCAGGUAGAGACCCUGUCCCCCAGGUAGAGAUCAUGUCCCCCAGGUAGAGACCCUGGCUCCCAGGUAGAGACCCUGUCCCCCAGGUAGAGACCCUGUCCCCCAGGUAGAGACCCUGAUCCCCAGGUAGAGACCCUGUCCCCCAGGUAGAGACCCUGAUCCCCAGGUAGAGACCCUGUCCCCCAGGCAGCCCCCAGGUAGAGACCCUGUCCCCCAGGCAGCUCCCAGGUAGAGACCCUGUCCCCCAGGUAGAGACCCUGUCCCCCAGGUAGAGACCCUGUCCCCCAGGCAGCUCCCAGGUAGAGACCCUGAUCCCCAGGUAGAGACCCUGUCCCCCAGGUAGAGAUCCUGUCCCCCAGGUAGAGACCCUGUCCCCCAGGUAGAGACCCUGUCCCCCAGGUAGAGACCCUGUCCCCCAGGCAGCCCCCAGGUAGAGACCCUGUCCCCCCAGGUAGAGACCCUGUCCCCCAGGUAGAGACCCUGUCCCCCAGGCAGCCCCCAGGUAGAGACCCUGUCCCCCAGGUAGAGACCCUGUCCCCCAGGUAGAGACCCUGUCCCCCAGGUAGAGACCCUGUCCCCCAGGCAGCCCCCAGGUAGAGACCCUGUCCCCCAGGUAGAGACCCUGGCUCCCAGGUAGAGACCCUGUCCCCCAGGCAGCCCCCAGGUAGAGACCCUGAUCCCCAGGUAGAGACCCUGUCCCCCAGGCAGCCCCCAGGUAGAGACCCUGUCCCCCAGGUAGAGACCCUGAUUCCCAGGUAGAGACCCUGUCCCCCAGGCAGCCCCCAGGUAGAGACCCUGUCCCCCAGGUAGAGACCCUGGCUCCCAGGUAGAGACCCUGUCCCCCAGGCAGCCCCCAGGUAGAGACCCUGGCUCCCAGGUAGAGACCCUGAUCCCCAGGUAGAGACCCUGUCCCCCAGGCAGCCCCCAGGUAGAGACCCUGUCUCCCAGGUAGAGACCCUGAUCCCCAGGUAGAGACCCUGUCCCCCAAGUAGAGACCCUGUCCCCCAGGCAGCCCCCAGGUAGAGACCCUGUCCCCCAGGUAGAGACCCUGGCUCCCAGGUAGAGACCCUGUCCCCCAGGCAGCCCCCAGGUAGAGACCCUGAUCCCCAGGUAGAGACCCUGUCCCCCAAGCAGCCCCCAGGUAGAGACCCUGUCCCCCAGGUAGAGACCCUGAUUCCCAGGUAGAGACCCUGUCCCCCAGGCAGCCCCCAGGUAGAGACCCUGUCCCCCAGGUAGAGACCCUGGCUCCCAGGUAGAGACCCUGUCCCCCAGGCAGCCCCCAGGUAGAGACCCUGGCUCCCAGGUAGAGACCCUGAUCCCCAGGUAGAGACCCUGUCCCCCAGGCAGCCCCCAGGUAGAGACCCUGUCUCCCAGGUAGAGACCCUGAUCCCCAGGUAGAGACCCUGUCCCCCAAGUAGAGACCCUGAUCCCCAGGUAGAGACCCUGUCCCCCAGGCAGCCCCCAGGUAGAGACCCUGUCCCCCAAGUAGAGACCCUGAUCCCCAGGUAGAGACCCUGUCCCCCAGGCAGCCCCCAGGUAGAGACCCUGUCUCCCAGGUAGAGACCCUGAUCCCCAGGUAGAGACCCUGAUCCCCAGGUAGAGACCCUGUCCCCCAGGCAGCCCCCAGGUAGAGACCCUGUCUCCCAGGUAGAGACCCUGAUCCCCAGGUAGAGACCCUGUCCCCCAGGUAGAGACCCUGGCUCCCAGGUAGAGACCCUGUCCCCCAGGCAGCCCCCAGGUAGAGACCCUGGCUCCCAGGUAGAGACCCUGAUCCCCAGGUAGAGACCCUGUCCCCCAGGCAGCCCCCAGGUAGAGACCCUGUCUCCCAGGUAGAGACCCUGAUCCCCAGGUAGAGACCCUGUCCCCCAAGUAGAGACCCUGAUCCCCAGGUAGAGACCCUGUCCCCCAGGCAGCCCCCCCCAGGUAGAGACCCUGUCCCCCAAGUAGAGACCCUGAUCCCCAGGUAGAGACCCUGUCCCCCAGGCAGCCCCCAGGUAGAGACCCUGUCUCCCAGGUAGAGACCCUGAUCCCCAGGUAGAGACCCUGAUCCCCAGGUAGAGACCCUGUCCCCCAGGCAGCCCCCAGGUAGAGACCCUGUCUCCCAGGUAGAGACCCUGAUCCCCAGGUAGAGACCCUGUCCCCCAAGUAGAGACCCUGAUCCCCAGGUAGAGACCCUGUCCCCCAAGUAGAGACCCUGAUCCCCAGGUAGAGACCCUGUCCCCCAGGCAGCCCCCAGGUAGAGACCCUGUCCCCCAGGUAGAGACCCUGAUCCCCAGGUAGAGACCCUGUCCCCCAGGCAGCUCCCAGGUAGAGACCCUGAUCCCCAGGUAGAGACCCUGUCCCCCAGGCAGCCCCCAGGUAGAGACCCUGUCCCCCGUCCCCCAGGAAGAGACCUUGGCCCCAAGGUAGCGACCCUGUCUCCCAGGUAGAGACCCUGGCUCCCAGGUAGAUACCCUGAUCUCCAGGUAGAAACCCUGUCCCUCAGGCAGCCCCCAGGUAGAGACCCUGUCCCCCAGGCAGCUCCCAGGUAGUGACCCUGAUGCCCAGGUAGAGACCCUGACCCCCAGGUAGAGACUGACCCCCAGGUAGAGACCCUGACCCCCAGGUAGAGACGCUGACCCCCAGGCCAGGAAGCCCCCAGGUUAAGACCCUGCCCCCCAGGAACCCCCCAGGCAGAGAACCUGGCCCCCAGGCAGACCCCAGGAAGAGACCUUGGCCCCCAGGCAGAGCCCCCAGUAUUGGGAUAAGAGCUGAUAUGGGCCCAGUCAGAACAAAGAAAACAUACAGCCCAGCUCUCAGAACUCCUGAGUCCCACAUUCCCAACCCUUCAGAGCAGGGAACCAUUAAUCAAUCAAACAAUCUAACAUGGUACUGUUUACCUACGUGUUCAGAACACCACCCUGGCAGUACCGUGUGUGUGUGUGUGUUGGCAUGCGUGUGUGUAAUCGAUGCAUGUCUCUGUGGUACGAGCCGUCAGUGGUGAGAUCUUCAUUGAAAAGGUCACACUGUUCACACUUUGAAGACAGACUUGUAAAGAAAACAUCACGGUUAAAGACAUGCUGUGGUACUUUGGUGAAUAAGAAAGUAUUUUGUAACCCUCCCACUUUGGACUGGAUGUGUCAAAGUGUAGUUCAUAAAUGCAUAAUCUAUGAGCAGAAUUACUGUCUUGCCUCAAUUAGCCAGAAAUUCCUAGUUUGAAGCUGUGCCAAGCCAUUUUCCUGACAUUUUCCCCCCCGUGGGCCAGCCUCCUAGCAAUUUGAGUUCUAGCCAAUAAGCUUCAGCCCCUCACAUUUGAGUGACAGCUAGCAAGAGGCGUGCCUAGUUAUUCAAUGAGGUUGGAGGGUGGGCCCAACGGCUCAGUGGACACAGCAGAGAAAGAGCGCGCGCGAGAGAGAGAGAGAGAGAGAGCGAGCAAUGACGUGGUGCACAUAUCUGCACGUACUGUAUGUGACUUAGUACGCAGUUUUCAUGGACCACUUAUGGCUCUUUGAAUGUUACUUUCGGAACUACUGGCAAAAAAGUAUACAAAACUACCGGAGAAUCUCUUUAAACAGCUGAGGCCGGCCCAUAGGGUUAGACAGAUGGCACAUAUUUGCAUCGUUGCCAUAAUGGCUUCUGUGACUGAAAAAGUCCCACCAAGUUGACUACUUCAAAAGGUGUAACUCCUCAAUGGUGAUGUCGAUGCUAAAAUAGGAUUUGUGGCAAGUGGGCCCUCUAUAAAACUCUAUGGCCUGGCCUAUAAUUGAAUGAUACUGGUUACGGAUAGAGGGGCCGAGGCAUGUUGGUCUUGUUUCAACUCUGGUACCUACAGGUAGAAUAUGAUACCAUUCCAACUUAUGCCUAGACACUGUAGUUGUGGCUAUGGAGACCCUGUAGUUGUGGCUAUGGAGACCUUGUGGUUGUGUCUAUGGAGACCCUGUAGUUGUGUCUAUGGAGACCCUGUAGUUGUGUCUAUGGAGACCCUGUAGUUGUGUCUAUGGAGACCCUGGGGUUGUGGCUAUGGAGACCCUGUAGUUGUGUCUAUGGAGACCCUGUAGUUGUGUCUAUGGAGACCCUGUAGUUGUGUCUAUGGAGACCCUGGGGUUGUGGCUAUGGAGACCCUGUGGUUGUGGCUAUGGAGACCCUGUGGUUGUGUCUAUGGAGACCCUGUGGUUGUGUCUAUGGAGACCCUGUGGUUGUGGCUAUGGAGACCCUGUAGUUGUGGCUAUGGAGACCCUGUGGUUGUGUCUAUGGAGACCCUGUGGUUGUGGCCAUGGAGACCCUGUAGUUGUGUCUAUGGAGACCCUGUGGUUGUGUCUAUGGAGACCCUGUGGUUGUGUCUAUGGAGACCCUGUGGUUGUGUCUAUGGAGACCCUGUGGUUGUGGCUAUGGAGACCCUGUGGUUGUGUCUAUGGAGACCCUGUGGUUGUGUCUAUGGAGACCCUGUAGUUGUGUCUAUGGAGACCCUGUGGUUGUGGCCAUGGAGACCCUGUAGUUGUGUCUAUGGAGACCCUGGGGUUGUGUCUAUGGAGACCCUGUGGUUGUGUCUAUGGAGACCCUGUGGUUGUGUCUAUGGAGACCCUGUGGUUGUGGCUAUGGAGACCCUGUGGUUGUGGCCAUGGAGACUGUGAAUAUACCAUACAGGUGCAGUGGGGAUGACACUUGUUAAAAAGGAGGCUUGACCUCAAGUGUGGGAUCACAUUUCAAAGUCCUGACCCCUUUCCGUUGGUGUGUGUUUGUGUGUGUGUUGAAUAGAGGCCUCAGUCCUGGCUCUCCAGACAGCCUAUGGGGUUUGAAUGGUGCUAACUUACGACAUAAUUCACUACUGUGGAAUGCAGCCUUGUUUCACGUUCUCUGUAUUGUAUGUUUCUGUUGUUGUUGUUGUUGCUGUGUUCACAUAUGUAAUUGUGGAUUAACAUUUUUUGGGGUGAUUAUUUAAUACAGAAAAGUAGCUGCUUUUUUAUGAGUAAUUGUUGCAACCUGCUUCAACUGCUAUGUUACUGAUAUAGUGCAAAUAUGCUUAAAUAUUCCUGUACUGUACGUUAUUGUAGUUGCACAUAUGUUUGGUACGUAAACUGCCACUACAUGUAUUUCAUGGUGCUGAUUCAGUUUAAAAUACAUUUUGAACUGUUAAUACUUAAAUAAAUGAAUGUGUUGUUUUACAGGGAUUUAACCAUUUUAGUUUUUUUGUUAAUGUGCCUUAUAGUCAUUCUAUACCUGUACUGUUAUACAGUGAUACUCCAAGAUUCACAGACAAAUGUGACCUUAACAGAAAUCUGAGUACAAAUCGGAAUGAUUGGAAAUAUAUAUAUUUUUAAAGUCUACUGUAAGUUGAUUCGUUUUAUUUUUGACAUAAUAAAAUGUGAUUUUACAUGGAGACUAAUACGA